AUGAAACGCAUCGUCGGUCAAUAUCAGGCUGUACGAGAAAUCAUUAUCAGAAGUGUCGACGUACAAACAGCCGCCUUCGACAAUGGGGAUAUUGCCAUUAUUGCCAUGCUUCGUUAUGCGUCACCCGACCGAGCAUCUCGUCAAGCGUCUGAAGAAGCUUCUGUCAAAGAAGCCUGCCAAGAGACUUCCCUUCAUUUUGAAGCUCAAAAGUAUCUCGAUAAGCUGUUUCUAGAGUUCAAACAGGUUGGACAUGGCACUUUGCAACCAGUUCAAAUUCAGGAAGACGGUACUGGAGGUCUUUGGUUCACUAUUAAUGAACUGGCCGGUGUACAGCAGCAUGAUCUGGAUCGUUUCGAAAAAGACCCAGAAAAGCACGAGAUGCGAUUCGUUCGCUUUUCAGCAGCUGAUUCUUUGGUGAUAUACCGAAGUGCCUCCAAAAGUGCCACACGGAAGAAAAUGUAUAUUGGCAGUGCCAAUAAUCUCAGUCAAAACACCGAACUCUUCAAGAAGAUUGUUGUGGAAAGGCUUUUGGAUGAUUUACAUCACGGGAUAUCGGCUCGGGGAAAACAGGACUUGAGCUUUUUGGUGCAGCUAAAGCAAAAGGACGCUGGGGAUGAUCCAAGAAGCCCAGACGACGAUAAAAGCGUGAUAUUUCCUUGGGACUAUUGGUAUUACGCCCACGUAGCCGAACAGCGCCUGCAUGUCGAUCCCGAGCAGAUUGCCGAAUAUUUCCCACUCCAGCAUGUUAUCACAGUAAUAUUGGAGAUGUUCUCUGAAUUCUUACAACUUCGCUUUUGUCCUAUAUCUCAGGACCAACUCGAAAGCUCAACAUGGCAUGAAGAUGUACGAGCUUAUGCUGUUUGGGAUGAUAGAGAAGCAUCGAAAGAUCAAUUCAUUGGCUACCUCUAUAUGGAUCUUCUUUCAAGAGACAACAAGUAUAAAGUGUUCAAUCAGGGCUACCUGAAAAAAGAUGGCAGUCGAGUGUACCCAGCAACCCUUCUCAUGUGCUCGUUUCCACAGCCUGCGCCUUCAGCUUGCACCUUACUAAAGCACAGCCAGAUCGUUUCUCUCUUCCAUGAAUUGGGGCAUGGCAUCCAUGACUUGCUGGCCAGGACAAACUACGUGGCUUUUCACGGUCAUAGGUCACCCCCAGACUUUGCUGAAGCGCUCAGCGUAAUGCUCGAAAAGUGGUGCUGGAUGAAGCCUGAACUCAAACGCGUGGGUCUCCAUUACACGAGGACCGAUCUGCGCUUAAAGGAGAAAUGGCUUCGAGAGCACCCUGGAGAUUAUCUUCCCCUGGAGCGUAUACCCGAUGAUAUAAUUGAGAGGUUGAUUAAAGGCCGCCAAGUGACCCGCUCGUUGUGGUAUCUUCGUCAUAUGGUUUACGCCCGGUUUGAUAUGACAGCUCAUCAUCCGAAAAGUCACACUGAGCUACUGAACAUGGAUUUCACCAAAGUGUUUAACGACCUCCUGGAGCAGCUGUGGCUUGUUCGUGCACCCCUGCCAGAGGACCAAGGAUAUCCACACGCCGACCUAGGUCAUUUGGUUUCUGGCUACGAUGCAGGCUACUACUCAUAUCUCAGUGCGCAUGUGUUUGCUGAAGAGCUCUUCGAGUCGACGUUCCUUGAGGAUCCUAGGAGUGUAUCCGCCUGGGAUAGGUAUAGGAAGGGUAUUCUUGAAUUCGGUGGAAGUAGAGACGAGUUAGAGCUACUUCAAGAAUAUCUUGGUCACAGCCCUACUGCUGAGCCGUUGCUUCACGAUAUUUUACAGUAA